GGACUAGCAAGCUGGGCAAUGUUGUGGAGCGAGUCAAGCUGCUGCAAACAAUGCUCAGGAUCUGCGUACUGCUCGCUUGCUUCGGGCUGCCCAGUCAGCUGGGUGCACUGGGGGCGAUGAUCGAGUGUGCCCCGUGUAAUGAGAAGGCUAUGUCUGCCUGCCACCCCCCCAGGGGCUGUGAGCUGGUGAGAGAGUCCGGCUGUGGCUGCUGCUUGACAUGCGCGCUGGCGGAGGGAGCAGCGUGCGGGGUUUACACUGAGAGUUGUGCUUCUGGCCUCAGGUGUGUUCCCCGCAGCGGGGACAAGGCACCGCUCCAGGCGCUGCUGCAUGGCCGGGGCAUAUGUCGCAGCCUGAAGCGGAGGAACCAGGUUCAGCUCACGGGAAAGCCCCUGGAUGGUGAGGAGAAAUAUUCCGUGGCAAAGAGAGAGCACGGUGGCAAAAACCAUGGAAUGCGGCUAGAAAAUCCUAGCCAGCAUUUGGCACUGAAACCUCAUCGAGGAAAUCGCCUUUCAAAGGGAACUGUGCCCACCAUAGUGAACCCUUCCAACCCUCCAGUUGUCACCACACCUGUGGCAGAUUCUGAAUAUGGCCCAUGUCGCAGGGAAAUGGAAUCCAUUCUGCAGGAUCUGAAGCCAGAGUUUUUCCGUAGCCCAGAGGACAUCUACAUCCCAAACUGCGAUAAGAGAGGAUUCUACCGGAGCAAGCAGUGCAAGCCAUCAAGAGGCAGAAAACGAGGUCACUGCUGGUGUGUAGAUAAAUAUGGCCAUUCACUUCCUGGACCUGUAAGCAGGAAAAGGCCUGUGUCCUGUGGGCAAAGUGCAUCUUCUGAAGAGGUUGGAUACUAAUCUGUGCAGGACAACUGUCCUGAGGGCAACACUGCCUGAAGUUUCUGAUGAGAAGAUUAAGCUAGAAAUUUCUCCAAUCAGCCUUGCUCUAUACCUGUAGGUCAACUCCUAGAAUGAACCUACAGGCUUUCCUGGAAUCACAAAUGCUGGAAGUAGUUUAGUUUAAAGAUUAGAAAAACAUGUAACAAGAUCUUCUGAAAUCCAACUUUAGUUCUGAUUCCUACUCAUUCCAAACAUGCUCAGUGUCCAGUGCCUGGCAUUAACAUAUCGCACUGGCAUGGUUUCCAUGCCCCAUAGUUUGACUUAUUUUCCAGCACCAACCUUGAGUCUGAACUACAAGAAGUCCUGCUUGUGAAGAUGUUUCUGGUAGAGCACCAGGGCUAGGUCUGGUACUGCUGAGUUAUUGCACCAUGACAUCCUGGAGAUCUUUUCCUGGUAGCUCAGUGGGUGAAAGUGCCAGCUGAAUUGGUACUGAGCCCAAAAGGCCAUGCAGAUCCCAGCUUCAUUACCCGACCACUGCUCUGUCGAUUGCUACCCAAUGAUCCCUGCAGGAAAGUGCACAUUUGUGGUUGUUUAGCUGUGAUGUCCUCUCGAUUGCAUAGCUUUCUUAGCUCUGUCACACAUUAUGGCAAGCUUUGUGAGGUGCUAACAGUGGAGCCAUAACCCAGCUCCUUCAGGAGAGGAGAAAGUACAAACUAGCUUCAUGGAUACGGGAGGUGUGGCAGUUAUGCCACUGAGCGAGUAAUUCGGAGUCCUAGACUAAUUAAACUGAGAACCAGAUGUCUGAUCACGUUAGUUGAGUUGCAGCACAUUUUCCCUAUAAAUUCAAUGGCCUGAUGCGACUCCUCCACGGUUCAGUUUUCAAAUAAGAUUUCAAACUUUUCAUUAAUGUUAUUGUCUAAAGUUCAGGGUGAAGCUGGAGGCUGUCCACUGGCACGAUACUGGCAGACAGACCUGUGUAAUUUCCAUUUUCUUUUAUCAUAUCUCCUAUUUGACACCCAGAAGAAUUGUCACUGACUGUUUAGGAUUGGUGAGACAUUGAAGUUUGAUUUUUUUUUUAAAUUUCUUUCUAUAUCAGUACUGUGCUGAAAUGUUUUUGAACAGAUCAGAGGUCGCUGUCCUGCUAUUCCUCUUUUAAAUUUAAUAUUUUGAAAUUGUUUAAUUUAACAUCUUGUCUGUUUAAAAGCUCCCUGCUAACAGGGUCAGGAUAUUUUUGAGCAUGCACUGUCCUUGAUGUGUCUCUGUGGAUCCAACUUAGUGUGGGCACAUAGCCCAUGCAAUUUUACAUCACUCUACAGGACUUGAUAAGCACUAUGUAUUUUUUUACUGGGAAUAUGAUGCAACUAUAUAUUUAAAUUACAUUAACAGAAAUAGUGAAAUAUACUUUAGAAUUUAGAGUGUCUAAAUGCUUCUUUGUGAUAAAUUGGUGUUGCUUUGAAAUUUGGGAUUUGUCCUUGCAAUGUUUUAUUUAAUAAAAUCUCACCUUUAACAAUUU